UUGAAGAAUUCUUUGAUAGUAGAGAGACAAACGCGAUUAUCAGGACAUCUCAUGUACUUUUGUUCAGUUGCAUUUUAUUAAGUUUGUGAAUGUGCGAAGAGCGAAAUAUUAUGUCUUAUGAAUGAAAUAUUUUUUGGUGAUUACUGUUAAGAAAUAGCCGAUUGGAUGUUUCCUCUUUGUUGAAAUUUCGAAUGGUAAUUUUGAUGGUAACGCGUACAUCUAACCUAAUACAGUGCUGAAAAACAUCUAUCGUGUCUGUCAGAAUGUUGCGAACAUUCAUAUGGAGGUUUAACUACCAAUUUAAACAGCAUGCUCGUAAUUUUAUGAUAUCAAAGCAUCAGCCAGCCCUUGGACUGAAACAUCAUGUAACCAAACUGCCGGUCAUACAACACGUUAGAUAUAAAUCUGGCACUCCGAUUAAUACUAUUAUAUUAUUUGUACCACAACAGGAGGCAUGGAUUGUCGAAAGAAUGGGAAAGUUUCACAAAGUGCUGAAUCCAGGUUUAAACAUUCUUGCGCCAAUAAUUGAUAGAAUUAAGUAUGUCCAAAGUCUAAAAGAAUUAGCCAUAGAAAUACCUCAACAAAGUGCAGUUACUUCAGAUAAUGUAACAUUAAAUAUUGAUGGCGUGUUAUACUUGAGAGUAGUUAAUCCAUAUUUGACUUCAUAUGGUGUCGAUGAUCCGGAAUUUGCUGUGGUUCAGUUGGCUCAAACCACAAUGAGAUCCGAGUUGGGAAAAAUAUCUUUAGAUAAGGUAUUCAGAGAAAGAGAAGAGCUUAAUGUGGGUAUUGUUGAAAGUAUAAACAAAGCCAGCGAAGCUUGGGGAAUAGCGUGUCUACGAUAUGAAAUACGUGAUAUAAGAUUACCUCAAAGAAUACAGGAGGCAAUGCAAAUGCAGGUAGAAGCGGAGCGCAAGAAGAGAGCUGCAAUUUUAGAAUCAGAAGGAACUAGGGAAGCAGAGAUAAAUAUAGCAGAAGGAAAACGUUCAGCACAGAUUCUGGCAUCGGAGGCUGUAAAACAAGAAGAAAUAAAUAGAGCAAUUGGUACUGCACAGGCUUUAGUGGCCAUUGCAGAAGCACGUGCAAAAAGUUUAAAACUUGUAGCAAAUGCUCUCAACAUGUCUGACGCAAAAAAUGCAGCAGCAUAUAGUAUAGCUGAGCAAUACGUUAAAGCAUUUAACAAAUUGGCAAAGGUCAAUAAUACUUUGAUUUUGCCCAGUAAUGUUUCUGAUGUGUCUUCCCUAGUAACGCAAGCAAUGACAAUAUACAAAAAAGUCGUGUCUCAAUCUACAUUAGGUAGCUCCAAUGGGAAAGAAAGCAAUGUUGACGACUUGGACGAGUCCUUUGAGUAUUUCAGUGACAAAGAAGAAGCAGAGAAACACAGCAGAAACGAAAGAACAACUCCUAAAGUAUUGCAAAGUUGAAUAUAUUUGUACAUAAUAUAAAUAUAUUCUGAUUUCUAUUCUCU